UUUCACGAAUUCAUUUCAUUUUUGAUUUCCUUUUCUUAUUUUGUCCCGUUUUUUAAUUUCUUCAAAUUUCGAAAAUUAUCUAGUGCUGCAAAUGUCGAACACCUUUGUAUGAGUCACCAUGGUUGACAUACGGUUAUCAAAUGUGUCAUUCCUAUUGCUCGUUCACUAGAGAAUGGAUGCAAUAACAGAGUCGCCCGGGCGGUACUGGCCUUUAUCCCACAAAUAUGAUACGAUAGACAGGAAAUAUAAGUUUUUUAAGGCUACUAAUGCUUAUCGGAUGGAAGCAUAUUAUCCAUUGAUACGUUUUGGUCGUACCUCUUAUUCACCCGCUCAACGCGUUGUCACCAAUCCAAAGUUCCAGGAAACACUUACUACAGUCAGCGAUUUGUCGGAUGAUAUAUUGUUGACAGUAUUUGGUUAUUGUCAUCCGAUUGAUUUGAUCCAUGGUUGUUCUUUGGUUUGUCGCCGUUGGAAUUAUUUGGCGAAUUAUUCCAGUUUAUUUACCGAAGUUCGGGUGUUAGUUAACGAUUUCUCACUGGAAUAUGGCAGUGUGAAAAUGUUCUUUCACAGGACUUCUCAGUAUCUUCGAAAACUGUGCAUUGAUUGUUCACUGCCUUUGCCAUCUGCCGAAGUUAACGCAUUGUUCGAUAUCUGUUUUCCCAAUGUCAUCCAUUUGGAUCUUGGCUCUUUUAAGGAAAUGAAUACCACAUUGUUGAAAAAGUUAUCAAAUUGCUUCCCCAACGUUGAAACUUUGCAUAUGGAAAAAAUAGAACGAAGUUCCAGGUGUGAUGAUGAUGCACAGGAAUGGGAAGAGACAUUGAAAAUGUUGUUUGAAGAUGAAAGCAUUUUUCCGAAAGUGCAAAAUUUCUUUGUUGGUAAUGUUACUGCUUACUGCUUGGGAAACGAUCCAAAAUUGCCGGUUUACAAUCGUCCGCUGAAUUUAUUGCAUAUUUACAGCGGGAUGGAUGAAAUGGAGUACAUCGGGAUGAAUGAAGUUGAUUUCAGCGUGAUUAGAACUUCUCCGUGGCGGUCAACUCUUACAGAACUUCAUCUUGGGUGUUAUAUUACAAACGACGGUAUUGAAUACAUUGGACUUUUGCAAAAUUUGAAAGUUUUUUCGUGGGAUCGGAGCCGUCAUAUAGUCGAUGAAGAAUUUGCUUAUAUAAAGAAUUUAUACAACUUGGAAGAGCUAAGGGUAUUUCUCGGUGGUGAAAAUUGUUUUAUUUCGUCCGUAGGUAUGACUGCCUUGUUCACUUUGCCCGAUGAAAAACCCGAAAAGUCAUUCCCGUACAAACUUAAGCAUUUAAUAAUCGGAAAUUAUUUCCAAACCAGUGGCGAUCUUCUUCAAGCCAUCGAUCGGAGUUGUCCAGAUUUGCAAACACUUGGUCUACCUUUUAAUGAAAUUUCAUUCUUCAAGGAUGAAAUUAUGCCUUUCAUUAUUCAUAAUUUCAAGCAUUUGAUGUUCCUAGAUUUAAGCAGCUUGGGGGAAUGUUAUAAAGAUGAAAUGUGGAAUAAUUUGAACGACGACGACUUGCCGAAUUUACGUCUCCUCAAACUUCAUGGAAAUAAGGUCAAUAUUGAAAAUUUACAACGCUUAAAUUUGAGACGACCUAAACUGUUGAUUUCAACUAGAAUGAAUCAUUUUAUUAACUGGACCGAAACUGAGAAUGGUUGCGUUUUCCACGAUACUUUUGAUGGUGAUAUCAGAGCUAUAGAAAAUGAUUUGCGCCAGAUCGACGGAUUGCGUGAUUUCGUAACAAAACCCGAAUUGUACAUCUACGACAAUUUUACCGUAAACACUUUGGAGCGUUCAUCGUCAGCCGAAUUUUGCAAUGAACCCAGAUCAAGGCAUCCCAGUAGUGACCGUAUUAGUAGGUCUAUGUAA